ACCGCCCCUACUUAGGGUUCCAAUUUCUACAUCCUACUUAGUGUAAUCUACGGAAACUAACUUAAACCCUAGAUCUCUUCAUCUUUACAUUCAUGGGUAUGUUAGAUCACACAGUUGAAUGAUCUGCAAGUGGUCCAUAGUGACUAGGAUGUUUUUUCUCAUUCGAAAACUGAUCCCUGCUCCCAUGUAACUUGAUUUUUCUCCCAUGAACUAUUUGGGUUUUUGGAUUUGCACGAAGCUAAAAAGAUACCACCUCAGAAAUUCCACAUCUCACUAGGACUCACUCCACUUCUGUUUUGCCUAGAAAAUUGUAAUGAUAUGCUCAAACCUGGAUUCUGGUCCCAUGGCGUAAUUGCACGACCCGUUUCAGCUAUUCUCAAAGCGAUAGCCAGUGAAGGAUUAAUACGUGCUCGCAGGGUGCUCUAGUUCUGCUGGUACUUGCUCCUCACAUAAUCGUCACAUUGGGGAAACAUCCUAAUAGAUGGGUUCAUUCUAUGGUACCCAUGAGAUUGUUGAGUUGAGAGAUGAACCUAAGUUGAGUGAUUACUCUAAGCCUUAUCUCCAAGCAAGGGUAAAUGACAAAGAAAAGAGGCCUCAGGGAUGCAGUAGAUAUUUGGAAGAUGACAUCAAUAAGCUAUUUGAGGCGAUUAAUGUGAGAAGUUCAUUCAAUGGUUCAAGCUUCUCUGAUGAAACAGGUGGAGCCACACCAAGGAAAAAUCCAUCAAAGAAACCAAUGAGGAUGAGUACAUCGUCUACAUCAGGAAUUGGAUAUUCUGAGCCCGUGUCUCUGAAACAGGCUUUAAGGGGUUUGUGCAUUUCUCAGGCUUCAGAAAUGGCUGCCAUUAAAAGGUUAUCAAUGCCUCCUGGAUCUCCUGCCCUGUCCGACUCUGGAAAGUUGGCCAAUUUGUACAAGUCUGUUGUUAAAGCUAGUGAAUCUGGUUCUUCUGUUGCUGAAGAUAAGGUGGUUGAAGUUGGGACAUCUUUCAUGACUGAAGACAGCACGUCCAAUUCCUCGGGGAGGAUUCCUUGGUACCUGCGAGAACCCAAGGUCAAGCCAUAUAGCAACAGCGCACAGUCUUCCCCUAAAUUGAAUAUUGAAAAGUCAGCAAAGCAUGUGGGGCCUGCAGUAAAGCUGAAUGAGAUUCUACAAGAGCCACAAUCCGAGAGUCAAUUUAUGGUAAAUGAAUCAGUACAAGAGAAGACGAUUAUUUCAAUUCCUUCGCCACCUUCUCGUAUUGCGGCUGACGGUUCCUUGAAAGCAGUUGAUUCUGAAAUUAAUUUAGUAAACGAUUGUGAGCAAGAUAAUCUUAUGCCAGGUAAGCCAACCCUUAAGUCACGCCAUAAAGGCAAGUCACAGAGUGUGACUUCCUCAUCUGGUUCAACCAAGAACAGUAAGCUAGGCAAGUCAACAAGAACCAUUCCUCGUGCUGUCAAGACGGUGGUAAUUCAGAACAAGAACCUUGUGAAGAAAAAGUCAAAGCAGGAUUUCGCUUCAGCUAAUGUCUCUUCUAAUGCAUCUAUUGCAGUGAAUGCUAAAUUGGCUCCUGAUACAAGCAAAUUGAUAUGCCAAAGAUGCCACUGUGCUAUAAAGGAUGCAACAGAGGAGUCCAAUAAAGACUCUGAAUCUCCCCUUUCUACAAGUGGUACCACUGCUGAAGGCGGUUCUAACAACAGGAACAGUGUUAUGCCAAAAGAAGGCUCCAUUCCGACCAGCUAUGGUAAAACUGUCUCCUUCCUAAACAAUAACAAGAACUCAAAAUUUGGAGAUAAAGGAGAGUUCACUCAAAGUUCAAAUAGCAGCAUCUGUGAAUACAGUAGUAGCACCAGCAUUAGUGAAGAGAGAAAUCUCAGUGGGUGUAGCAUUGGCAAUAGGCCUCAUAUGUCAAAGGACAUCAAAUGGCAGGCUAUUCAUCAUAUGAUGAAACAGGAUGGGUUUCUUGGAUUGAGACAUUUCAAUCUCUUGAAGAAGCUUGGUUGUGGAGAUAUUGGUACUGUUUAUCUUGCUGAACUAAUUGGCACAAACUGCCCGUUUGCCAUAAAGAUCAUGGACAACGAGUUUUUGGAAAGGAGGCAAAAGAUGCCUAGGGCCCAUAUGGAAAGAGAGAUUCUGAGCAUUCUGGAUCAUCCUUUUCUCCCUACCCUCUAUGCUCAUUUUGUAUCCGAGAACUUAUCAUGCCUAGUUAUGGAGUAUUGCCCAGGUGGAGAUCUGCAUGUCCUCAGGCAGAAGCAGCCUGCCAGAUUUUUUCACGAACAAGCAGCACGAUUCUAUGUUGCUGAAGUCCUUCUUGCCCUCGAAUACUUGCAUAUGCUUGGCAUCGUAUAUCGGGACUUAAAACCAGAGAACAUUCUUGUUCGAGAAGAUGGUCACAUCAUGGUCACAGACUUCGACCUUUCGCUUCGGUGUUCCGUGAACCCAACUCUCCUGCAAUCACCUUCAUCGGGUACGCUAGAACCACCUAGGGUGUCUGGCCCAUGUGCUGGUUCUAGCUGCAUAGAUCCUUUUUGCAUUAAGCCCACCUGCCAAGUCUCAUGCUUCAGACCCCGAAUGUUACCUGCACCAAAAGGCCGGAAAACAAAGCUCGAUCCUGCAGCAUUUCAGCGGUCAUUGCCGCAGCUUGUGGCCGAGCCUACAGAAGCACGAUCCAACUCAUUCGUUGGGACCCACGAGUAUUUGGCUCCCGAGAUCAUCAAAGGAGACGGCCAUGGGAGUGCCGUUGAUUGGUGGACGUUCGGUAUCUUCCUUUACGAGCUUUUGUAUGGAAAAACACCCUUUAAAGGUUCAGUGAACGAUCAGACGUUAGCCAAUGUGGUUUUGGAGAACCUUAGGUUUCCAGAAACCCCACUCGUUAGUUUUCAAGCUCGAGAUCUCAUUAAAGGGUUACUAGUGAAAGAGCCUGAAAACCGACUGGGGUCACAGAGAGGGGCUGCGGAAAUCAAACAACACCCUUUCUUUGAUGGCCUAAACUGGGCUUUGAUACGAUGUGCAUCUCCACCUGAGUUGCCUGAGCCGUACGAUGUCUCGGCUUCUAAGGCUGCGGCUUUAGAGAAAGCAAAGAAGUAUCUGGACUACGAUGGGUCUUCUGGAGGACACCUGGAGUUCGAGUUAUUCUAGCACCUUCCGGUAACUUUGCGGUUUCUGGAAGAAUAUCGAUGAUUACUUUCAUUCUCUUGACGAGUAGUUGUCGCAAAAACUGUUGGAAGAAUAUCAAUGAUUACUUCCGUUCUCUUGAUAUGGCGGCAUUGAGCUAGCGGUGGUGGCAAUUGAGGAUCGGAUAAUUUGGUAGCUGUUUUCCGCAAACAACGGCGCCAUGGCGGGAACCUUAAUCGAAGAAAUUGUACACGUUAUCGGGCCGAGUUUUGAAAUCGUUAAUCGGCGAAGUUGUACAAGUUACUGAUUAGAAAUAUGAAAUUUUCGACACAUUUGCAGGACAAGUGUCGAGAGUUGUUGAGCAUAAUUUGUAGCUUAUUUCAAAUGGUGGUGCUCAAUCUUUAUUGAAUCAACAGAUGGUGUUAACUUAUACAAGGUUGGGGGUACAUUUGGUGGUAUCAUAAGGAAUCAGACAUGAAAGAGUGAGGUUGAAAGAAUUGGGGUUUAAUUUGACAUGAAUUUAUUAGUA